UCUUUAAACGCUGUUGUGCGCAAUCCUUUACCAGUCAAAAUGGUCAGGGAAGACAAGGCAACAUGGAAGUCAAAUUACUUCAUGAGGAUCAUUGUAGGUUAAUUUGAUAUUUAAAAAAGUAGAGACUAAUAUUAUUUAUUGGAACCUUGCACAUUACCACAAUAGUGACUAAGUGUGUUUACAAUGUAUAGCACAAUUUUGAUUACAACAGCAUGAACAUGGCUUUGGUGUACCAAUUAAGUCAGUAUUAAUUUUUCAUUUAACUUUCUUUUUUUCUGUCGCUGACCGGCAGUUGAACAGACUUUCCACGCACGUGCUGGUUUUUACUCACGGGCGUAGCGUGGGAUUUUGAAGAUGUACACACGAGAAUAAAUUUUUCCUAAGUGCCGAAGGUGCUUACAACUAGGGGGGUCUGGGGGCAUGCUCCCCCAGAAAAUCUUCAAAUUUAGGGUCUUUGAAAUGCCAUCUCCUGGUUUUUCUGCGGGGCAUUUUCAAUAAAUAAUGCGGCGAAAAAUGCAGUAGAAAGUUGUUUAUUUUAACCAUUUCCCUAGUGUUUUCUGUAAGCUAUAGUGUUCCGAAAAGAAAAAAAAUACGAAAAACAAUGAAGACAGGUCACAAGCAAAGGGCCAGGCGUCGACCCUUAAGACGGGCAAACUCCGUUACCAACCUGUCAAUAUCCACGUUCUUAUGUUUAUGUAUAUGAAGGAUUGCUAGGGAGCUUAAUCUUUCAUCCGUCAUCGUACUUCGCAGAGGAGAUUUUGGUCUCUUUAUGCUACUGAAGCUAUGUUCGGCAGUGCUUGUAGACACAGGAUAAGUUAACAAUGUAACGAGAGCAACAUAUACACCGGGAUAAAUGUGGGAGUUUGCGUGGUCAAGAGUCUCAACCAAAGUCUGCGGCGUCAAAUCCGGAUCCAUGCCACUCCAUUUGUGCUUCCACCUUGUGACUUCGGUUUUAAACGCAUCCUCAGAAUUUAUGCCUAUGUACCUUCAGCUUCUUUUGCACGUUGUUCAGUUGUCUUGUUAAUUACGUUGAAGUAAUCGUGUAUCGAUUUUCGAGUCAUAUGUGUGUACUCUGUGUCACGAAACACACGAAAACACUACAGAAGCCAGUGAUCACACUCCUCAAGUCGCAGAAAUAUUCAUAGGAUUCUCUAACAGUUUCUUCGGAAAAUCAAUCACCGGGGCUUCACUGUUUGACCUCACAAGUAUAUUCCUAAUCUCCAUUGACGGCAAAUACGUUUUGUUCUGAAGCCACACGUCAUGGCAUAGUGACCUCUCCUUCAAGAAUACCUGCGGGGCUGGGGAAACUGGUGAGGCUGGCUGACCUUGAGGGAGGGGUACAUUUUGCCAUUAUUAGUGGCCAGCACUGAAUGAUUAACGCUUGGAUAAUGGGAAUUCUAAUAAAAAACGCCAGUAUAAUGUGAAAAUAUGAAAUUAUUAGCCAGCAAAUUUAGUGAGAAAAAAUUUUUUCUCAGAUCUCAGCUGUACGCACAGGCGUGCGUGAGUAUAUGGAUGCUAUGCCCCUGUUAUUAUCAAUUUUGGAGCCAUAGUUGAGUCAUAAUGAGCGCCUAAAAGAUUUUAAGUCAUUCACAGGGCUCCAAAAAAACUUGAAUUCCAGCUUUUCCUUUUGGCAAGGAAAUCUUAGAUUGGGCUUACCUGGGGCCAAUUCUUGCUUGUCUUUGCUAGUGAUUCACUUAGAAGAUGACUUGCCUGGUCUCUUGCCCCAUUGGGCAAGUGAGCUGUAAAAGUUACUCAUCCAUCAAGAAAAUCCACCAGUCCAGGACUACAGGAUGGGAUUUUUUUACAUACCCUGAUUCAAAGUAGAAGAGUCAUGAGCUCCAUUUUUAUCCAGUACCACAUAUGAGUCUGUUUCUUAGAAUCUGGGGAAACCAAAUUGCCAAGAAACACAAGCAGAAGUGAAAGAAUAAAGGAAUCAUAAUGCUUGUUUCCACUUGAUCUUUUACUUUUACUUAUGUCUGUGUUAAUUAAGUUUUCACGAGGUUGGAAGUGGAGACAGAAUGCUGGUUACUACCAUCCUUAUGACUAAUGUGAUUAGUAACAAAAAAAUUAGGUUGGCUUUUAGACUUAUACUCAUACUUAAUCUCAGACUUUACUAGUCCUGGAAAAAGGUUCCUUAUAUGCAACAAGCCACAAUAUGUAUUUAUGACGGAAGCUCUCCUAAUGGACACUCUCAUAAGCAAACAGCUCUGCUUACAGCCGCCUUCACUAAACCCCAUUUUUCUCAACUCCCAUAUAAACUCUGUGUUUUUAAAUUCUUGUAAGCGGCCACCUCCAGUUUUGACGUCCCGAGGAUGUCCGCUCACAAAAGGUUCCACUGUAUUUCAGUAAAGGGUCAUUUACUAUUUUCUCCAACUUACUGUAUUUAAUCACGUGCUCAAAAGUAAUUGUUCACUUACUUUUGCCAACAGCAAUACUUGGAUGAAUACCCUAAGUUGUUUUUGGUGGGUGUUGACAAUGUGGGUUCAAAGCAGAUGCAGCAGAUUCGCCAAUCCCUGCGUGGACGAGCUGAGGUUCUUAUGGGCAAAAACACCAUGAUCAGAAAAGCCAUCCGAGGACACUUGGAUAACAACCCUGCCCUGGAAAAGUGAGAAAGUUUAAAUGCAAAGUUUGUAACUAAAAAGGAAUUAAGUAAGACUAGUAUGCAACUGCCUAGAUCAGGUGCUUAUCCAAAAGAAAAGAAAGAAUUUUUUCGAUGGGUGUAGCUUACAUUGUUCUGCCUUGUACACUGUCCUGCUGAUUGUCACAUGCAUUGAGCCAGUCUUGUUCUAGAGCAAACAUACAGUUGGUUAAAAGAAAACCUUUUCAUCUGGCAAGCAUAGAUCAUAAAGAAACGAGAAUCAGGAUUUCUGCAAAGACCUCUGGCAUUGUCACUUUUAAAUUAUGACAUAUUUAUUGCAUGUUAGCAAGUUGCAUGGCUACAUUAUUCCCUUGAUCAUGGUGUGGAAUAAGCUGCUGUUUUGUUGGUUAUGUUACAAUGCUUAUCAAUAACACACUUCUACAAAAGAGGGAUUGCAUAUUGUGCCUCUACCACACAACAUUUCAAUAGCACUACUAAGACUGCCGAAGAGUGCUCAUCCAAAACAGUCAUUUUAAUGUUGUACGCAUUCUCUUCUUUGACAAACUGGAACCAUUAGCUGUAACAUCAAGUGAGCUCACCUGUGACCAGUGUCAUAGUUUAGAUGUCAGGUUAUGGCCCUUAAUGAUAGCCCUAACAUUUACUUUAUUAUAGGAAAUUAAUGCUCCAUGAAAUUAAGGUACUGCAAAUUAGUGCAACUUAAAUUAACGCAAAUUUUGUAGAAGAUGACUUUUGAACAAAGGGAAUUAAUGCGAAAUAGAGGGUAACAUUUUAAAAUGAAGGAUAUUAAUGCAACAUUCACAACGAAACAAAACUUGUAUUUGUUGGGAAAACUGAAACAAGGUUAAACUUAGAGUCUGAGAUGGAUACUUUGUUCUUUGUUCUUUCCUUAAGCAUAUGAAGGGGGUUAAAUGAAGAAAUCUGGCCUCGUCAAGUUCUACACAGUUUCAUUGUUAGUAGCGGAAUGCCACGUUAAUAAAAUACUCCUCUUUCUUAGGUGUCAAGAAUGUCAGAAGGUAUUGAGAAAUUGGGGUCAAAAUAAUCGAAAUUAAGGUUGCAGAAAUUAACGCUACACUUAAUUGACAGCACGGAAAUUAACACUCAAAAUUCGCGUUAAUUUCCUAUAAUAAGGUAUAUUAUUAUUAUUUUAUUAUUUUUUGACUUAGUAAUUUUUCCUUGCAGGCUGAUCCCUCACAUCAAGGGCAAUGUAGGCUUUGUAUUCACCAAGGAAGAUCUUGCUGACGUACGUGAUCUUAUCCUGGCAAACAAGGUUGCUGCACCGGCCAAAGCAGGUGCCCUUGCUCCAAUUGAUGUGUUUGUUCCCAAGGGUAACACUGGGCUAGGACCUGAGAAGACCUCCUUUUUCCAGGCCUUGGCUAUUCCAACAAAGAUUGCCAAAGGAACUAUUGAAAUUUUGGUAAGUAUGUGUUUGUGUUGCUGUGCAGUUAAACUUAGGGCUCUUUGCAAAAGUCAGAACUGGCCGGCUGGAUUAUGGCUGGACCAGUCAUUUUGACAAUGAAAUAGGCUUUUUUCAAGAGUUUUUGCUGAAAAACCAUCUCGUUUGUGCAUACUAGUUGUUUAGGAUUUGACUGAUCUGGCUGGAUAGUUUUGAUUAAAAGUGAAAUUCUCAUUUCGGCCGGAAUGGUCUGGCUAGUCAGUUGUGGCAAGUGGAAAGUGCCCUUAGUCUUUAACCCUUCAAGUCCCAGUAGUGAUCAACAUCAAUUUUCUCCUAAAGAUAUCCAUAUGUUGGCAAGAGAAAAGGUUAUGUGAGUUAAUAAAAUAAUCACUAAAGAGAAAAUACCUUGAUCUUUUAUCAAAUUCUCUCAACUAAUUCUUAAAACAAAUGUAUAGAGAUCACUUUGGAGAAUUUGUAUGCGGAUAUUGGGGCUUAAAGAGUUAAGCAGCGUACAUACAAGUCUUGUCCAAAAGCCUGAGGUAGUGGAUUUUGCUAUGAAGUUUUUAAAUUCUGUUCUUACAUGUACAUGUAUCUUGUCCGAUGGGCAAGUGAUGUUUUGGGGAGAAUUCAAAUUACAGAAGAACUGUUAUCAGUCCUGCUCUGACAUCAAAAUUUUUUUUCCAGCUAGUUGAAACGUAUAGUACACCCUAGCUAAAGCUUGUCCAAAAGGCAAGUGGUAAGACUGAAUGAUCUUGCAACAUUGCAACUUGAAGGCAACUGCUGUAUUGUUUAUUCUCAUCUUUGAUUUUGCUCUUUAGAAUGAUGUGCAUUUAAUCAAGAAGGAUGAGAAGGUUGGUGCUUCAGAGGCCACUCUGUUGACCAUGUUGAAGAUUCUUCCAUUUUCCUAUGGUCUUGUAAUUGAGCAAGGUAAAGGCUUUUCUAUAAACAUAACUUAUGGCUUUGAAGUCCUAUCACCAAUUUAUCAUACAUUACACCAAUAUUUUUACUAACUAUUUCAAGAGGUUACGACUCUUAGCAGAGCAUUAUUUUUGGGGGAGAAGAAAGUUCAUCAAGACCAGAUGCCAGACAUGACAUCUGGUAGUUUGACAUUGUUAGGUCCGGUAGUAUUAUUUUUGAAAUGUAAAUAAAUUGUUUAAUUUUGGACUUUUCCAUGUUAUUCAGAGUGCAACUUCAAACAUUUUCAUGGGGGACCAUGCCCCAGGAUCCCCAUAGAAGGUCUUACCUUUAUCACCCAUGUUUUUGCCUUGUGCCUCCUGUUACAUGUUUUUUCUGUGAUAAGGGAGCCUAGGCUAUUGCUUUCUUCUGGGCUCCUUGCCAGUUUCCUGUUAUUGAAUUUGUAAUAAUGAUUAAUUAAUGUAUUUCACUUUGGUGCAAAAGAAGUGAACUGAACUGAUUCUGCACUGAAAAAUGUUCCUAAAAGCUUGAGUGCCAUAAAUAAUAAUGUGCACUGUUUUUGUAAUGAAAUUAUGUACACACUACAAUAUUAUAUCGUUAAUAUCCUAAUGAGCACUGAUAAUAGCCAACCAGUUUCAAGAAUGGGUCAUCACUAGACUGAUCAGUAGAAUAUUAGUCUCCGGGCUCGAAAGUUAGCAACCAUCUGGUCUCACAUGCGACCAUAUUUUAUUCAAUGUGCUUAAAAAAACGUGUGGUCACACUUGUGCACCUAAAAAGCCCAAGGUCAGUGCAAUUGACUGCGCUGAGCCCAUCGCUUAUGUACUGAGACUCAAGGAAGCCAGAAUCCCCCCUAGCAACUGGAGUCUGAAAUCCAAGUUUCAUUGACACAGCAUCCCAAGGCUCGAAAUAAUUUCCGGAGAGCCUUCAGACACGAUGACCGGCCAAAUUCAUUUUAACUCGGUCACUUAUCGUUUCUGGCCGGUCAAAUUUAUGAGAUAAAUAACUCUUAAAACAAGUGCCAAAAAACAACUGUGGGUUCAGAUAUUUCGAGGGGCCGCGAAAUUUGUUAGAAAUCUUAUCUAAUACAUGUCGGUACAACAUAUUUGAAACUUAUCUCGGCUAUUGGGGCUGUUAAUUGCUGCCAACUUCAUCCCCACAACGAGCGAACAACAUUCCAAAACUACCAGGCAUAAGUUAUGUUGGGGACGACUGGGCACUAGUCAUGAUGUUUUAAAAAGCUUUGCCACUGGCUCAUUUCUCGAGCGCUUUGUUGUUAAAAUAGCAAGUGAUUAUGUCUGUUAAAAAACUUUAAACAUGCUCGUCAAAUCAGCACAAAAUCAAUCGAUUUCUAGCGAAAUUUGUCCAGAAAAUUCCCACGAAAUCGGCCGUUUUUAUCUAUUGUUUUUCGGCAAAGUUAGUCCCGAAAAUUUCCGCGAAAUUCCCGCGAUAUCAGCCGAUUUUUCUGCGAAUCUCUCUAAAAAUCCCGCGAAACUUGACUUUUUUCUCCGCGACCGAUCAGACGCCCUUAAGUUGCUGCUUAACUCAUAAAAGUAAAAAAAAAUUAAAUUUUGUGACCGAAAGCGCGUGAACCCCAAUGUCUGUUUCAAUGCGCGAAUUGUAAACAACGGUUGUAGUUGUAUUUCACCCAGGAUUUCAGAUCAACGUUUCGGAAUGCACAGCGACUCGCUACAUACUGAUAACAAUUGAAACAACUGAUUUCAUUUUCAAUACGAUCGAUUGUGACCGGUCAACAUGACCGGUAAGACGAAAAGUUGACUGGUCAACUCCCCAAUCAGUCCGGACAUUGUCCGUUGAACGGCCGUUAUUUCGAGCCCUGCAUCCGGAAUCCAGAACCUGCAAUCCACAUACAGAUCAUGGAAUCCAGAAUUCAAGACUUCCUUGGGUUCCUUACAUUAGCAGACAGACUGAUUAGACAUGAGAUGGAUGCUUUAAAACAGUGCCAAGCCUUUAAUGUAGAGGGUUUGCAUGCACCUUGUAAGUCCUUGAAAGUCCUUGAGUUUGAAAAUUAAAAUUCAAGGCCUUGAAAGUCCUUGAAAAUUGCAGUCGCUGCUGGAAAGCCGUUAAAUUUUAAUGCUCACUUCAUAGCUUAAGAAGAACUGCAAAGGAAAAGGAGCAAACACAGAAGGUCCUUUGGGAGAAAAGAUGUAGACUCAAGGCUCUUUUUUGCACUGAAAAGUCCUUAAAUUUUUUGUUCCAAAAAGGGUACGAACCCUUAACCUAACUGUAUUGCAGUUAAGUCAUCACGUUGUUGUUGUGUGUUUUCAGUGUAUGAAAGUGGGGCCUGCUUCUCUCCAGAUGUGUUGGAUAUCACCACUGAGGAUAUUCUAGGUCGCUUUGUUGAGGUAACUUUCUACUGGAGGCAACUCUGUCUUCAGCUUAGUUAACUUGGGAGUUUAAGUUGGAAAGGCAAAAGAUUUGACCGUUGUUAGUUUUUGGAAUCGCACAAUAUAUUUUGGGCUUCAAUUGACACUGACACUUGUUUACAUUCACUUCAUGUCAUUUUAAAAGUCAUACAGGAUUAUCACAAAACAAGAAAUAUGUCUGGAAGACCAGUUCUUUACAGUGAUUUUCACAUUUUAAUUACAGUAGUAGCCACAUGUAGUCUCCGACUGCCUAUUUUUUUAUUGUUAAAAAAGAGAAUUAGUUAUCCAGAAAGCUCAAAAACACAGUAGGCCAUUAAUUCUGAGUUCCAAAACCUCUUGCUUUUAAAAUGAGGCUAAGUGCGAAACCUUUCUUGUGAAAAUUAGUUUUAUUGUCAUGAGAAUUAAAAGUCGUCAGUAUAUCAAUGGCUUUGUCCUUCGUCUUCCUCUGAAACAGAGGCGUGGGACAAACUGAUAAUGGCCUAUUACGUAUUUAAAUGUUUUGAUAUGAUAUGUUCAGAAUUGGCUUCUUGGAAAAAAGGGUUAAUCCAGUUUUUUUGUUUGAUGUCUUCAGGGUAUCGUAAAUAUUGCUUCAGUGUCGCUUCAGAUUGGUUACCCAACUGUGGCAUCCGUGCCUCAUUCUAUCAUCAACGGAUUCAAGAAUCUUGCAGCCGUUGCUGUGGAAACCGACAUCACCUUCCCGCAGGUUGAACAGCUCAAGGCCUACCUGGAGAAUCCAGAAGCCUUCGCUUCUCUGGUUCCUGCUGCAGCCACCGAAACAGCCGCUGCCCCGGCGGAGGAUACGAAAGAAGAAAAGAAGGAGGAGGAAGAAGAGGAAGAAAGUGAUGAUGACAUGGGCUUUGGUCUGUUUGACUAA